AUAUAUAUAUAUAUAUACACAAAUUGACACAAUUUUAACUCUAAGCUGGUGUUUCUAUUCUCCCAAUCUUGUCAAUGUGAAAUCAACACUCAACUCGGAAGUGUCAAAAAUGCUCAGUGUUAAAUACACUGUACAGUUAAACCCAACACCAUGGAGUGUGAAGUCCUUGACACUGGAUAAUGACUCCGGCUCUUUCGUACAAUUGACUCUGUAACAGCUGAAUCAACUUUUUGCAGCGUGAUUUCAACUCUGCACUUUUGCCAAACACCACAGAAUUAACUUUCGCUGUGCAGGUCGUGACCUGCGAGUUGGUCGCAGCAAAUGUUGUUAAGAUCACCAAAUAUUUUCACAGAAUUUCAUCCAUAGUAUUUUGUUUAACAUUUAUAUAUUCGGUGCACCAUUUUGAAUAUUCCCUAUUAGUUCACAUCCUCCUCAGUGCAGCUAUUCAUAACCCCCUCAAGUUAGUAAUAAAAGACAUACAAAAUAAACCUACAGACCGAUUCCAACACAUUGUGGCCUUUCCUUCUUGAGAAGAGCUCCAUUUCCAGUAGGAUGUAGGAUGGCUGAACAUUGUGCCUGAUGUGUUGCUGUCUUGACUGACGUCUGAUGUCCCAUGAAUGCUGUGCGGAAGUCCCUUUGGUCCUGGUGAGAAUGUUAACCGUACUCAGGAGUGUCACUGCAUGUCCGGUUUGGUGUGCUGCUCGUGCUGAUUUUGAAUAUUCUGUUUUUACUUUUUCAAGUUGGGCUACAGCCGGUUUCCCUGUUCAUCAAUAAAAGGAUAAAAAAGCCAGUCGAUGUGUCGAGCUUCAAAUAUCUGUUAAAGCAGAAAGCAGAAAAAGGAAGCGGAAAGGAAGUGAGGUGUAAAGAAUGACAUCAUCUUAUAUGACUUAUCCUCCUCUCAACCACGUGGUGUGAUGAACAUAUGAGUUAUCUCUCUCAAUGUUUAACUUAUGUUACUGUCCAGCAUUACCUUAAUUUGGAUCAUUCAAUAUGAUAAAUAAUCGUUCUAUGUGUAAUAUUGCGAGAUCACGUUGCAUUUUGCCACAGUGCUGAAUUAUAACGCGCUCCUUCGGAAAAGUGCUGAAAAAUAAAAAAAAGAAGGAGUGAUUCCUGCAGCCUAACGUCGCCCUGUCAACAUAACUAACUAAAUAAACACAAAAUCUCCUCUUGAAAAGGCCUUUGUCUCCUCUGUCAAACUUCUGUGCGCUGUGCGCGCUGUCGGGCACCAGCUGGCGGUGCGCGUGUUCACCGGAGUAAAUCUGCGCUGCGCUCGGAGCGGCGGCACAGAUCAGUCCGCAUGGAGCAGGAUGCGCGCUCAGCACUCUAAAGGGACUCUGUUUUUUCUUUUUUUUUCUCUCUUAAUGGAACGAACGGAUGGAUUUAUCCUCUUCAUUCUAGUCUGUCAGAUGGCGGAGCGCGGGACCGGGCGAUGACCAACACGACCGCCUUGGCUCUAGGAGCCGGCAGCCAGGAGGAGUUACCAAAGCACCGAGCGCUCACCGCCUGCGUCCUGGCGGCGCUCAUCGUCUGGACGCUUCUCGGCAACUUCACGGUGUGCGUCGCCGUCUGUCGCUUCCGGCACCUGCGCGCCAAAGUGACCAACAUCUUCAUCGUGUCCCUGGCCCUGUCGGACCUCCUGGUCGCCGUGCUGGUGAUGCCGUGGAAAGCCGCGGCCGAAGUUGCCGGCUUCUGGCCGUUCGGCGACUUCUGCAAGACCUGGCUGGCCUGCGACAUUAUGUGUUCCACUGCCUCCAUCCUCAACCUGUGCGUCAUCAGCGUGGACCGAUACUGGGCCAUCUCCAGCCCGUUCCUCUACGAGAGGAGCAUGAACAAGAAGGUGGCCUCUGUGAUGAUCGGCGUGACCUGGACGGUCUCCGUGGUCAUCUCCUUCGUGCCCGUGCAGCUGAACUGGCACCGCGCGGACGCGGAUGACCCCUCGGUGGGGGAGGUCACCGGCGGCGUCGGCGGGAGCUGUGACUCCAGCCUGAGCCGCACGUACGCCAUCUCCUCCUCCCUCAUCAGCUUCUACAUUCCCGUGGCUGUCAUGAUCGUCACGUACACCCGCAUCUACCAGAUAGCCCAGAUGCAGAUCCGGAUGAUAUCCUCCCUGGAGCGGGCGGCGGAGCACGCGCAGAAUUGCCGCUCGAGCGUACCUGAGCUGUGCCCUCACCUGUGCGCGGAAAUAGGCGCCAGCUCCUAUCAGUCGCGCGUCAGCGUUCAUCCCGAGUCUCGGCGCCCCGCGGAGUCGCACCGGGAGCUCAAGGUCUCCAUCAGGAGCGAGGCAAAGGUCCUCAAGACUCUAGGCAUCAUCAUGGGUGUUUUUGUGUGCUGCUGGUUGCCGUUCUUUGUGCUGAACUGCGCACUGCCCUUCUGCCCCGGGCCAAAGGCCCCGGGAUCCCGGCGCGGGCCCCACUGCGUCGACGAGAAAACCUUCGACGUCUUCGUGUGGAUCGGCUGGAGCAACUCGUCCCUCAACCCGGUCAUCUACGCGUUCAACGCGGACUUCAGAGACGCCUUCCUGCGCCUGCUGUGCUGCCGCGGGCGCGGCUGCCUGACCGCGGCGAGCGAAGCGGUGGGCACGGCGAUGGCGAGCAACGAGGCCGGACGCACGAGGCGCGAGAGCCGGCCGAGCGCCAAGCCGGACGUCUCCUGCGCCACGACGGUCCGGGGGAGCGAGGACAGCGGGAACGCCAACGUGACGGUGCUGUACCACAGGGGCACCGCGCCGGAGCCGGCGACGGACACCGAGGAGGGCCUGACGCGGAUACCGAUGUGAGAGACACCGCGCGUGGAAGGGACGCGGGACACGGCAGGCGGGACGCGUGAGCGCCAGAUGUAGGACACGGAAGGACACGAGGAGACGUGAAGCAAAACGUAGUCCAGAGGUCAUCAGUGUUUACCACAAAACGCUUCAUUAGAUUACACGUCACCAAAUGUCAGCAUCGUGUUUAUUCUUAGCCCUUGAAUCAAGUUGAAGAGAAACUCUAAAGCAGAGAAAGCGUAUUCAUGUAGUUGGCCCGUGGGUGCAGGACAGUCAAAGUCUUGAAUCAAGCCUCUCUGCUGUGCAUUGUGGGAACUAUUGUGUGCAUGAUCGGGUUUUCGGUGGCAAACGAGUUUCCCCCCUGGGGAUUUAAAAAGCUUUUCUAAUCUAAUUCUAAUCUAAUCUAAAACUGGGACAGGUGCCAUCCCUCUUUCCCCUCGUUCAUGCUUUUUUGCAUAGUGUUCAGAUUAUUAAUUGCUGUUGUCCCUUGACUUUGCAUUCACAUUUAACGUGCAUAUGUAAUUCUCAGCUGUCAGAGGUCAGCAUUUCUCUGAAUCAACUUGAAUUAUGUAACCGACUCCCAUUAGCAACCGUCAGCUGAUGUGCCAUUUCAUGUGGAUGCACUCUGCACUCCCCCUCCCUCCCCUCCCUCCCCCCACCUUUAUCCACUGAAAGAAACAAACAUGAAUUAUUUGUGAAGGUUGUUCCUGUGAAAGACGCCCCGACCCGGCGGGAACACGGAAGCGUUCAUGGCGACAGCGCCACUCCGGUCAACAUCUGUUCUCCUCCGUUUAAUGAGACUCCCUCGUUAGUCCCGAAUGUGGAAGUGUGUGUACGGCCUCCAGGAACCUCACGUCUCAACAGGGGGUCGACCGGAUUCAUGAUUCCAGCGUCAAGUACCGUGGUUGGGUUUAAAUCACUACUACAGGCCGCAGAGCAAACGUGGUCUCUGGACUUCAGGUGCUGCAUACGCUCCACUCGUUCCAAUGGAGAACCAAAGUCACACCAACACGCCGAUAGUCAGACACGGCGUGGUUGGAUACUCGUCUUGCAUAUAGACUGUUGCUCCUAUUUGUUUUUUCAACCAACACACGGUUUCAUUCGUCAGAGUAUUAAAGUCACACAAAUCCAUGCUGUGACUUCCCAAUUCGUUUCAUGGAUUAUGGGAUAGAGGUUUUGAGUCGAGUUUGAGUUUUCUCAUUAUGUACACCACAUACUUUUUUUUUAUCAGUGCAACAACUAAUAGACUGCACCGAUUUCUCAUUUCACUCGAAAAAAUACUAUAUGUUAUCCAUUUAUUGUCUGUCAUACACCAGUGCUAACAAGUCUGCGUUCACGCAGGCAUGAGAAAACAGCGAGACUUGCAGCGUACCUUUACCUGUCUGCAGAGCGGAAGCGUGUUCAGGGUUUGUGGAGUCAUAUGGCUGCAAGAUAUCCAUCAGCCUGUAGGCAUCUCCUACUGUAUGCGAGAAUAGCCACCAUACCAAAGAGGAUUAAUAAAACACAGGUGGAAUACAUUCUUAAAUAUACGUCGUCGUCUGCAAGUCUUUGCUGUUCGGAGAGCUCGGGGGUCCGUCCCCUGAGGAGCAAUAAAAGAAUUAUAUCAUUCAAUAUUGA